AUGCCGCCCAAGAAGGUCUACGUUCAGCCCGCCGGCUCGCGCCGCCAGCCCAAGGGCUUCCUCGCCUCCACCUACGACACCCUGACCUCGCCCGAGAACUCUGCCAUGGUCAAGGCCAUCGCUUCCUUUGGGGUCGGCGUCACCUUCCUCGCAAGCUCGUGGGGCGAGUUCCUGCUUCCUCCGUAA